AUGGACAUUCCCAACCUUCCCUGCUCACCUCUCCUCGCCCUACCCGCCGAGCUCAUCCAGCAAAUCCUUUCAUCAUUAUCACCACCUGAUCUAUGCCGAGUCUCUCAUACUUGCCGUCUGCUAUGCAACCACGCCAGCGAUGAACGGCUCUGGAAGCCAAUCGUCCUCUCCAACACUCAUUCCGUCAACUUUGAUGCUAAUCCACCGCCUUCAUGGCGGCACCUCUUCGAAACCCAUCACCCCUACUGGUUUUUGCCGCGCCGGAAGCUAUGGUUUGCCGAUACUCCGCACACUGGAAAGCUCGUGCUUGCCCGCUACAACCCCAUUGAAGACUGCAUAGAAGCCCACUCGAUCGUUGCUGAGCGCCUACCAAACACCUUCGAGCUAUGGGAGCACAACCCAGAAGUCAUCAUCCACACAUUCUCGCCCAAAGUCCAACUCGACCGCACCACGACAGUCCUCAAGCUAAACCGCGCAGCCUACAGCCAACCCCCCGACGAGGGCAACCUACUGCAACGCGAGCUUGCCAUGGAAGUCCACAACGAUGCCGCCGGCCACGGCCUCUUCUCGUUGUUCAUGCUGGCUCGACCCGUGCCGUACGACAUCGUCUCGCGCGGCAGCAAGGUGUGGCCGCCGCUGACCAUUCCCGCCCCGGAGCGCACGCGGAACGAAAGCGUCACCCGCUUCCGCGGCACCGGCCACAAGCCGUCGCGCCUUGCCGAGCUCAGCGACACCACCUGGCGGCUGCGCAAGUGGAUGGAGUUCUCGCACCCGCACCCGCUGCAGAACGGCGCCGGCGGCUUCACCACGGCCCGCGUCGGCGAGGACGUGACGACCUUCGCGUCCCUGGACCCGCGCCUGUACAAGCCCACCCCGAAGAAGCCCUGGCGCGGCAUCUGGUGCGGCGACUACGCCGGCCACGGCUGCGAGUUCCUCCUCGUGCUCCAGCCCGAGGACCCUGGCCCGCUGCCCGAGGGUGCUGUCCGCGCGUUGGCGCGCCGCGAUAGCAACGCUAGCACUGCCUCUUCGUCUUCCUCGUCGAUAGCCAGCUGGGCCAGUGUUCAGAGCCACUUGCAGACCAGCGACGAUGACGACGCCGACGAGUUCGUUGACUUGGGGUCCGCGGCGGAGAGCUUGGAGGCCAGCACCGUGACCGUCUUAGAUGGUGAUCAGCAGCAGGAGGACGAGGAGAAAAUACGGGAGAAGAGGCAGAGAGAAGAGGUGUUUUCGGGCAGGAUAGAGGCGGUGAAGCUGACGGGCGAUCCGAACAUUCCGAGGGGGGAGUACACGUUCAUCGCUCCGGAUAUCGGGCCUGAUGGGUUCGUGAGGACGGCGGAAGAGGAGAUCUUCAGGGGUGCGAGGGUGGUGAAGAGUGUCGGGCAUAUUGCUGCUAGGGGCUAUCGGGAUGAUGAGUUCAUUGCUUCACAACUGAUCAUGAUUUCGCAUGAUCGCCUGGCGCAGUACUGGGUUCCGUUCGGACACAUUUCGUUCUAUCAAAGAGUUGAUCUCGACGCGCUCCUGAACUCUUGA